UUUAGUGGAUAUAAAAAAAACAAGUGUCAAGAAGCAAAACAUUUUCAUGAAGCAUUCGCUGUGAAAAUCCUGCAACUUCUUAUUGCAAACCUCUUUAUUGCUUGGAUUGGCUGAUUUCCAGAGCAUCAAGACUAGGAAUUGAGGGACUGAAAUAUAAUCAGUGGUGAUACAUUUUAACCACAUAAAACAUUCUCUGCUUCCAAAGCCUCCAGUGUCUCUAGUAAGCAGUACAACAGCUCCUUGCUGGGAGACUCCAGGGACGUGGAAAAUAUUGGAUCAAAAUGUCCCAGCAAAGAUGCAUUGUGAUCUUUGCACUGGUAUGCUGCUUUGCAAUUCUCGUUGCACUGAUAUUUUCGGCAGUGGAUAUUAUGGGAGAAGAUGAGGAUGGACUCUCGGAGAAGAACUGUCAAAAUAACUGUCGGGUUGCUCUUGUGGAAAAUAUUCCUGAAGGGAUCAACUAUUCAGACAGUGCACCAUCCCACUUGUCUCUUUUCCAAGGCUGGAUGAAUUUGCUUAAUAUGGCUGAAAAGUCUGUUGACAUAGUAUCUUCCCAGUGGGACCUCAAUCACAGUCAUCCAUCAGCAUGCCAGGGUCAACGUCUUUUUGAAAAAUUGCUUGAACUGGCAUCCCGAAAUAUUGAGAUAAAACUAGUGAGCGACAUACUGCCUGUGGAAUCAAAAGUAUUAAACGACUUGAAAUCCAAGGGUGCUGAAGUGCUAUAUAUGAACAUGUCAGCGUAUAAUGAAGGACGCCUUCAGUCAUCUUUCUGGAUUGUAGAUAAACAGCACGUGUACAUUGGAAGUGCAAGCCUGGACUGGAGAUCAUUGGGACAGAUGAAAGAACUUGGUGUCAUCGUGUACAACUGCAGCUGCCUGGUCCUGGAUUUACAAAGGAUAUUUGCCCUGUACAGUUCCUUAAAAUACAAGAAUAAAAUACCUCCAAGUUGGUCUAAGAGACUUUAUGGAGUCUACGAUACUCAAAACAAACUGAUGCUGCAGCUGAAUGAGACAAAAUCAGAAGCUUUUGUGUCGAAUUCACCUAAACUCUUCUGCCCAAAGGACAGAGUCCUGGAUAUUGAAGCUAUAUACAAUGUUAUCGAUGAUGCCAAACAGUUUGUAUACAUAGCUGUCAUGGACUACUUGCCGAUCGUCAUUGACACAAAUGCUAAACGAUACUGGCCAUUUCUAGAUGGGAAGAUAAGAGAAGCAUUAGUUUUACGAAGUAUUAAAGUACGACUCCUCAUAAGUUUCUCAAGAGACACAGAUCCUCUUACUUUCAACUUUGUUUCAUCUCUCAAAGCUAUCUGCACUGAAGUUCCAAGCUGUAGUUUGAAAGUUAAAUUCUUUGACCUCGAGGAAGAGGGUGCGUGCUUUCUCAAAGAUCAGAAGAACACUUCCCUUCCAAAACUAAACCGUAACAAAUACAUGGUGACUGAUGGAGCUGCGUACAUUGGUAAUUUUGAUUGGGUAGGAAAUGCUUUUACGCAGAACGCUGGAGCAGGCCUCGUUAUCAACCAAGCAGACGCGGGGAACAGCACGAGCAUCAUAAAGCAACUCAAGGCUGUUUUUGAAAGAGACUGGUAUUCACAUUAUGCCAAAAGUUUACAACCAACAAAAAUGCCAAACUGUUUUAAUCACAAACUCAGUAAAGCAACAUCAAAUAAGACUGCCAUGAGCAAUGUGAACUAGAGAGACUAUUUUACUGUUUAGUAUGGCGAUGAAGAAUUACACUGGGGUGUAGCCCUCUUUCAUAUUUACAGACAAAAGACUUCAGCAAAAAAAAAAAAAAAAAAGUUUGGUUCGGGGGGUGAUUGUUUUUAGGAAAAAGCACACUUAUAUAAAAACUGUCUAAAAUAUAUUCUCUAUUGAUUUGGGACUUUCAAGGUUUGUUACUUCUGACACUGAAUGUCAUUUCUGCUUCCAUGUUAAUUUUUAUGUUCCUCGUUUGAACUUAACAGAAACAGAAGAAUUGACUCAUACUGUUUUAAGAAUUCCCCUAAUUGCCAUCCAGGCUAGACAAACCUUUGGCAGAACUGAGAUCCUGGCUAUGAAAUGGCAUUCUAAGAUCAGUUACUAUUGAUGUACAAGUAGUGGUAGGUUUACUAUAUUAGAAAAGAUAGCAGAGUAAGGAUAUAUUCACUAUUUAAACAAUUCCCUCUAAAUAAACAUCCAGUCAUACAAGUUUUUCCUAGUUUUCAGCAUUUAGUGUGAGCAUCACUCCUGUGUGUUUUCUAAAUAGCCUUAAAUUACAUUUGAGUUCUGUAACUGGUAAUUUAUUCAUCUCUAAGGGGACAAGGGUUUUGAGGGAUUAAGGUUGACCCAAUCAAAUUUAUUAGAAUCCCUGGAACCUCUCAGUUAAAUCUUAAUUUUCAAUAGUAUAACAUAGAUUCCUUUCAACAUAACUGCUAUUUAUAAUUACAAUAGUAUAUAACAAUGUAAAUCUCUUUAGUAAAAGCAAAGAUCGAGGAUUGAUUUUUCUUGCAAUCUCAAGAAAAAAUUUUAAUAUUCAUCAAGUGCAGGCCAGCAGUUGCUUGCUGAAUCAUUUUCAGACAACUUUAUGUAUACUUUUUUUUUUUUUAGUUAGGAUAGUAAAAGGUUCUGCAAAAAAUGCAAGAAUUGUUUAAUUUCAUACUUCUUUUUCCCCUUCACAUCAAUAAAAAACAUGUGAAAUGUUUUUUUUUUUUUUUUAAUGUCAUCCAUAUAUUUAGAAAUAUCAGUCUAAAAGAAAUGUGAUGCUUUCAUUUAGGCCCCAGUUUCAGCUGGCAUUAAUGGUGUCCUUCUACAACCAUGACUCAGCUGCACUAAGAUGCAACUGUUCUGCAAAAGUGUGAAUUUGCUCUUUAAAAAAAAAGGUAUUAAUGUCCAACAAGAGAAUUUUCUCCAGCCCCAUAAUAGCUUAGUUUCUUAAUGAAAACCCCUAUCCUCUGCUGAAGGAAUCCAGCUGCAAAAGCAAACUGCAUUCUUCAUUUUGUUGAAAAUGUACUGUAUUCAAAAUGCAGACUGUUCUUACCAUGCUGAAGGUUACAGAAGGGACUAUCUGAAAGCUGUGGGUUAACUGAAAAGAAAUGUCUCAGAGGAUUACUUUCACCUUAAGAACAAGUUAAUUAAAAAGACACCCUGACUCAGAAUGCAGGUUUCAUUUACAAGCUUUGAAGAAAAAAAAAAAAAAAAGUUUUAUCUUGAAGUAAGCACAGUUUUUGAAUCUGCACCUUUUUAGAUUUUCCUAAUGCCAUUUUCUGACAGUUGCCCACUGGAGAGAAACACACCAUGAAACUAGUUGUGACUGACAUGCUUCUCAUAAGCACGGUUUGUUUUGCCAUUUCCCAGCUGUACAUCAUCUUACUGAAAAUCAUUCUAUUAGUUGUCACUUUUACAGAAAAAACUGUGCAGAGCUCUAAUGCUCAAGAACAUUUUGUAACAUUCACAUAAACCGUGCAAUUUAUUAGCCUUCACAUAUACAGAGAAGAGCAUAUAUCCUGACAUUUAUUUAAGAAACAAAGAAAAGUAAUCUGAAGAGAGAAAAGUUACUUGAGUUGCUUUGAAGGAAGUCUUUGCAAAGAAAAACUUUCAUAUUUUCCUUCUUCCGUAUAUAACUUCAGCAUAUGUAUAGCAGGCAUGGUACAGAUCCCCAGCACUUAAUUAACAGUGUUUUUUCUAUUAUUAUUAAAUAAAGAUUAGUCCAGAUUCAUCUCUGGUGAAACUCUUACCACUCAGCUAAGUUAUAUCACCAAUGAAAUUUGUCUUCUGAGUCAAUGGGGGACAAAAAAUUAAAAAAAAAAA